GCCCCGCCCGCAGGCCCGUUAGUCGGCAGAGCUGCAGCUAUGGGCCGGAGCCGGCCUGGCGAACGCGGGCAACCCGGCUCCGGACCCGGCGGCCCCGCUGCGCCGCCCCGCCACCGCGCGCGCGCCCUGGCCCUACUUGGAGCGCUGUUGGCCGCCGCCGUCGCUGCUGUAGCCGCCCGGGUCUACACCCACCUCAUCCAGGCCCAGGAGGCCGCGCGGCAGCAGGAAUCAGCACUGAAGGCUCUGGGAACCGAAGGCCUCUUUCUCUUCUCUUCACUGGACACUGACCAGGAUAUGCACCUCAGCCCUGAAGAGUUCAAACCCAUCGCAGAGAAGCUGACAGGGUCAACACCUGCAGCCAGCUAUGAGGAGGAGGAGCUGCCCGCCGACCCCAGUGAGGAGACCCUCACCAUAGAAGCCCGAUUCCAGCCUCUGCUCCCGGAGACCAUGACAAAGAGCAAAGAUGGGUUCCUAGGGAUCUCCCAUCUCGCCUUGUCUGGCCUCCGCAACUGGACAACUGCAGCUUCACCAAGUGCGGUGUUUGCCGCCCGCCACUUCCGGCCCUUUCUUCCCCCUCAAGGCCAGGAGCUGGGCGAGCCCUGGUGGAUCAUCCCCAGUGAGCUGAGUGUCUUCACAGGCUAUCUGUCCAACAACCGCUUCUACCCACCACCGCCCAAGGGCAAGGAGAUCAUCAUCCACCGGCUCCUGAGCAUGUUCCACCCUCGGCCCUUCGUGAAGACCCGCUUUGCCCCCCAGGGGGCCGUGGCCUGCCUGACUGCCAUCAGCGACUCCUACUACACUGUGAUGUUCCGGAUCCACGCCGAGUUCCAGCUCAGUGAGCCCCCUGACUUCCCUUUCUGGUUCUCCCCGGGUCAGUUCACCGGCCACAUCAUCCUGUCGAAAGACGCCACCCACAUCCGCGACUUCCGGCUCUUUGUGCCCAAUCACAGGUCUCUGAACGUGGACAUGGAGUGGCUGUACGGGGCCGGUGAGGGCAGCAGCAUGGAGGUGGACAUCGGCUACAUCCCCCAGAUGGAGCUGGAAGCCACAGGCCCCUCCGUGCCCUCCGUGAUCCUGGACCAGGACGGCAAUAUGAUUGACAGUCGCCUGCCCUCAGAGGAGCCCCUCCAGUUUGUAUUUGAGGAGAUCAGGUGGCAGCAGGAGCUGAGCUGGGAGGAGGCUGCCCGGCGCCUGGAGGUGGCCAUGUACCCCUUCAAGAAGGUCACCUACCUGCCAUUCAUUGAGGCCUUCGACCGAGCCAAGGCUGAGAACAAGCUGGUGCACUCGAUCCUGCUGUGGGGGGCCCUGGACGACCAGUCCUGCUGAGGUUCGGGGCGGACUCUCCGGGAGACUGUCCUGGAAAGUUCGCCCAUCCUCACCCUUCUCAAUGAGAGCUUCAUCAGCACCUGGUCCCUGGUGAAGGAACUGGAGGACCUGCAGAACAGCCAGGAGAACCCGUCCCACAGGCAGCUGGCCGGCUUGCACCUGGAGAAGUACAGCUUCCCCGUGGAAAUGAUGAUCUGCCUGCCCAACGGCACUGUGGUCCACCACAUCAAUGCCAACUACUUCCUGGACAUCACCUCCAUGAAGACUGAGGAUAUUGAAGACAACAUCUUCAGCUUCUCAUCCACCUUUGAAGACCCAUCCACAGCUACCUACAUGCAGUUCCUGAAGGAGGGUCUCCGCCGCGGCCUACCCCUCCUUGAGUCCUAGUGUGUCUCCAGGCCACUGGGAGCAGGGCUGGGUGGUCCGCAGCCGUUUCAGACUGGAGAAGCUCCUAACCCUUCCUCACCCUAAACUGCUUCACAGGGUCCAAGGUCAACUGAGGGUGGCCACCCAGUUCUGCCUUGGUGAUUAGGGGUAAACUGAAGGGGCUUGGACUGAUGGAGGGUGAACCAUGAGCUUGUGGCCCCCAAGUCCUUUUCUCUUCAGCUGGCUCCAGAAGCUACUCAAGAUCUGACUUUUACUCUUUCCAGAAGGAAACAUGAAGGAGCCACAGCCAGGGGGCCCAAAGGCCCUGCAGCUCUUCUGUCUACAGAGAGCUGUUUUUGCUAGCCAUACCCUCUUGUAUCUGAUGUCCCCACCAGGUCAGUCUCAAUGGGUGACAGCCUUCUGGAGCCUGUGUGCGGAACCCCCUGCCAAUGCAGAACAGCACUGUACCAUAGCUGCUCCCAGAUGACUCGGCAGGCCUUGUGUCAGGCCCUCAAACCUGUAUGGGGGGGGGGGACUGAGAAAUUUCCCAGGAAGCAGGACUCUGCCAUUAGGAAGGACUCACUGAAGGGCCCUGAGACCCAGAGCCAAGAUGCUCCUACCACCUAUCUUAGCAGAGGUCAUAGCCAGACUGUAGGAUCCAGGGCAUCCUGGAGCCUCCUUCUCCUCCGUCCCUGAUUCCAUGGAACCACAGUCCAGCCAAAGAACAGCCUGCACCAGAGCCAGCAUUACCCCCACCACCAGGAGCACACCAGGCCAACUUGUCCACCAUGGGACACUUGCCAACUCUCUUUGGCCACUCUUGGGGCCUUCGUCCAGGUCCUGAGCCACUGACUAUGGCCAGUCUCUUUUUUAUACAUGCAGGAAAGUGUUUUUAUGUGAACUUUCUCACAGUUUGUAGGUAUUUUUUUAUAACCAUAGUGCUGAGGAGAAAGAAGAGAGCAAUGGCUCCCGGAGCAGCAGCCCUAUGAUGGCUGGGUCUGAAAUCCUAGAUGGAUCUAGCUUGAUGCCUUUGCAGUUGCACCUAUGGGAAGCAGUAGUCACUCUUCCAUCUCCUCUUCUGGAUUUUUAAAGUCUCCAGAGAAUGAGUGUACCCUACCCCCAGCUCUAUUCUGUCCACAUAGGCCCAGAAGGUGUCUUUGGGCUUUUCCAAUGAAGGCCUUGGAGUCAGCCUGUCCUCCUCAUGCCUGACUCUUCCCAUCCACUCACCCCAACAGGGGCUCCAUCUUAAACCUGAGGAAGAAGGCAGACUUGUCCCUGCAUCUGCUAAGUCCCCUGCACUGCCCUCGGUGUCCCCAUGUGGAGCCUGCCUUGGCCAGUCCUGUUCCUCAUUGGGUACUAGGUAUAAUAACAAUAGCAGCAGGUUACCAAGAGCCUCCUGUGCCUGGGGCAUUUUGCUAAAACUACAUGUAGUUUCUCAUUUAAUCUCUACAACAAAUUUCCCAUUUUGCAAAUGAUGGGAGUCUUAGGGAAGCAAAGUGACCAAGGUCACUCAGAGUGCCAGAGUUGAGACUCAAAAGCACAUGUAACUGCCAAGCCUGUGUCUUGAUUUGGGGGUGUUUUAUUUGGCCUCAAAGCCCCACUUCUCUCCUUGCCUGUUUUCACUGAGGUGGAAAUCAUUUCUCAUUCUCCUCUGAACUCCACACGGCCUUCGAACUCAGCCAUGUUCUUUGUGCCCUGGGAGAUGGCACUUCCUGCCCGAUCCAGGGAAGGAGGCUACCUGAGUGUCUCAGUACCUCUGCCUGGAGCCUCCAGCCUCAGCUGAGCCUCUCCCCUCCCUCAUGCUGCUCCUAGGGGACUGACCCCCCAAUUCUGGGCCUUUGGAAUCUUCUUCAUCUGAUGCUACUGCCCAUCCCCAGCCAGGGAAGGGUCCCCAGCUGGACUCUUGUCACCUCUCAGCCACUUCCCUCACCUGACUCUAACAUGUCCUAUAAUAAAAUUGGAGAGACCAGGGUA